AUGGAUCAUCCUAUAGUAAAUAUAUAUUUGAAUUAGGCUUAAAAAUGUAAGAGUAUUGGUCAAUAUAUCGAUUUAUAUGGUGCUUAUCCAAGUUUGAUGAUAUUUGGGAAUCAAAAAUAUACAAGUAUGUUAGGAAUUGUCCUGACAUUAAUAGCUUCUGCAUUCACUUUUUUUUACUUAGUUUAAGAAGUGUAAGAAUUAGCUCUAAAAUAACUUCCUCAAACAAUUUCAUCUGAGCAUUUAGUUUAAGAGACAGCAGUAAAAAUUAAUAACAUUAAAAGCCAUUUUCAUUGUCAAAUCAAAAUUUUACUCUGACAAUAUCUGUUACUAAUGUGCAACAAAAUCCUUUGAAAACUAUUGAUAAAUAUUUUACAAUCACAGUAGAUAAUUGUUUAAGAACAAGAGAACUUAAUGCAACAACAAAUAAGAUAGAUGUCAUAAAUACGUAUCUUUAAAAACGAUAAUUUUUAGAUGUGUAACUUAUCCAACAGAAGCAUGCACUUCUGAGAAUUUUGUUACAGAAAUUUAAAAAGAAUAUUUUAGUAAAAUUCGAUUAGGAACAGUAUAAUGUAUAAAAAAAUAAUUUUUAGAAACUAAUCCACCAGUAAUAAUCUUAAUUUAUAUUUAGAUACUUUAAGGAAUAGCUGCUGGAAAUAGAUAUUCUUAUAUAUAAAUAAAAUUUUCAGCUUGUAAAAAUACUACAGAAAAGUUUGAUUGUGCUCCAAUUGAUGACAUAAAAAAUGAAUUAAUAAAUGGUUUUUAUGUAGUACACAUGAGUGAUUCUUUAAUUCAAAUGAGUAAUCCUGGAAAUAUUCAAUAAAAUUUCAUUAAACUAUAAUUUACUACAUUUUCUAUAUCAGCAUCUAAAACUAUUUAAUAAGGAUUUAGAAUCAUUUAAUCAAAGACUGAUACUGGAAUAAUAACCAAUGAUAUUAAAGAAGAUUUGUUUUUGGUUUAAUAGUAAUAUUAGGAAUCAACUUCUGCUUAUAAUUAAGAUUUUAUAGUUUAACAUUAUUUAAUUCUUGAUAAUAAAUAUACUAAUUAUUCAAGAUCUUAUAUUAAAUUAUUAACAAUCUUGAGUAAAAUUGGAGGUUUAUGGUAAUUAAUUUUUGUAAUUUUUGGAAUAAUUAGCAAAUCAUAUAUAGUAACUGAAAUGAGACUCAAUUUAGCAAAUAAAUUGUUUCGAUUUUAAAAAUUAGAAAGUGAUUUAACUUAAAGUUUAAAAAAGGAUUCAUGUAUAAGGAAUAAUAUAGAUAAAUAUAUUUAAAAACCAGAAUAAAAAUUACCAAAUAAAGUAUUAAAUAUUCUUUAAUUCUUGUUUGGAUUUAAUAAAAAAAGAAUAAAGUAAUUGGAUUAAGCAAAUUAAAAAAUACAUGAAAGUUUAGAUAUUGUUUAAAUUAUGAGAAAAUUUUAGGAAUUUGAUAAUCUAAAAUAAGUAUUAUUGACUGCUAAUUAAAGAAUUUUAUUUGACCUUAUUCCUAUCCCUUUUAUUUAAGGAGAAAUUCCAAAUAAAAUUGAUACUGGAUUAAACUCAAGUAAAAAGAUUACCACUGAUAUCAAUUAACAUUAAAAUAAAGAUAAUUUUGAAAAAUUUAUCGAUGCAUUUAAAUCUUUUAAUUAAAUUAAUGAUAUGCCUGAUGUCACAGAAAAUAUUGGAUAAAAAAUAAUAAAUUUUUUAGAUUAAGAUUUGAUUAAACUAUUUUAUUAAUACCAACUGGAUUCAGAACAAAAGUAAAUUAUUUAAUUACUCUCAGAAGAGAGGAACUCUAAAAUAUUAGUUGAUUAAAAUUAUCAUCUUUCUGAAUCCAAAUUUAAUCUAUCACCUUGUAAUUCUAAUGAUAAAGAAGAAAUUUAAGGAGUAAGAAUUUUCUUAAAUAGUUAAUCUUAACGAAGAAAAUUUUGCAACUAAGAAGUUUGA